AUGCCCUUCCUCCGGCGGUACGAUGAUCCAGAACUACGAGUCGUCGGCGAGGUACUUGACUUUGUACUACAAAUGCUCAAGGGCCUAGACGUUCUUCACCGGAACCGCAUAGCGCAUAGGGACAUUGCAUCGCCCAACAUCAUGAUGGACGCUCGUUCUAUGUACCCUGACGGGCAUCAUCCGGUGCGAAUAUACCGCGCCCUAGACGUCGCCCACCACGCAAACGUUCUCCCUCGGAUCGACCAUACUAUUACGUCGACUUCGGCUUGUCCGUACACUUCGCACCAGGAGCGCUUCCCAGGGUUAUUGGGAAGGUCGCCCAUGACAUGGAGAUCCCGGAGAUAUCUGACAAUGCCCUACGACGCUUACAAGGCCGAUAUCCUUGCUUUAGGGAACAUGUUUGACAAAGAGUUUUUGCAGCGGUUCGACAACGUCCAAGUCCUACAGCACCUGGUCGCAUGCAUGAAGCGGAAGGAACCUGGCCUGCGACCGGCCGCCGACGAGCUUCUCAAAAUGUUUCAGCAGUUGCACGCGCUUGUCCCCGGAUCGUCCGUCUGUAGGCAUCUUGUCCAACGCUCCGAGCAGCCGUACGAAAGGUUCAUCAACACCUCCGUCGCCAUAGCGCGGGAUAGCCUGAGCAGCCUCAAGCGCAUCGUCUGCAGUGGGCGACGACACAUAUCGUCUAUACCCCCGGGUCAUGCGCGCCGAUCGGGCAAGUGCAUAGGGUUGGAUGAUGUGCAACCUUUGGAGUAA